AUGCAGGCUUUUCUUAUCCUCUCCUACGUCGUAGCAACGUUACUGAAUGCAGUGCGAGCACAUUACGUAUUUAGUAAAAUCAAAGUAAAUGGGAUCGAAAGUGAGGAAUAUGAAGUGAUUCGGAGGAAUACAAAUGGUGAAAGUCCCAUAACGGACCUUGAAGAUCCAGAACUCCGGUGCAAUGUCGGCGCAAGCAAUAAAGUAAAUGGCACAAAGACGGUCAUUGUAGAAUCUGGAAGCAACAUAACGUGGGUUACUGAGACUUACAUCUAUCAUCCUGGGCCGUUGUCAGUUUUCAUGACCCGAGUUGAUAACGCGAGCACGGCGGACGGCAGCACAGAGUGGUUCAAAAUUCUUGAUAUCGGGCCCAAAUUUACCAAGCGCGGUGGUGAUUGGAGGCAUAUCCAGCAAUCUGAGUUCAACGUCACGGUGCCACCAUGUUUGGCAACAGGGCAGUACCUGAUGCGCAUACAGCACAUUGCUAUUCACGUUCCAGGAGGGGAACCGCAAUUUCAUGUGGCGUGUGCACAGAUGAUGGUUAUUGGGACCGGCGUAGACAUGCCUCCAAAGGCAUAUAUGGUACGGAUACCUGAGGUAUUCACAAGGGACCAUCCAGGAUUCAAUCAGAACAUUUUUGUGAAUUUUAAGGAAUAUCUGAUACCUGGGGGAAAUGUUUGGAAAUGCUGA